AUGCUGAGAGCCAUUGGAAUUAGACAAGCGAGAAUUGUUGGUAGAAGAUUCAACUCCUCUGUGCAGAACGAGCCUGCUUUCAAAAAGGCGGACCCAGCUAAGGCCAAGGAAUUCAUCGAGCACUAUGAGGCUGUGAUUCACCAUUCUGAGAAGACCUCUAGCCUGUGGAAGAAAAUCACGUACUUUGUCGCUUUCCCUGUCAUUGCCUUGACUGCUGUCAACACUUACUUCGUUGAGGCCGAACAUGCUCAUCACAGAGAACACACCAAGCACCUCUCUGACGAGGAGUGGCCAAAAGAUUACCCAUACCAAAACAUCAGAAGAAAGGACUUCUUUUGGGGAGAUGGUGACAAGACGUUGUUCUGGAACCCAGAUGUGAACAGACAUAUCAGAGACUUUUAG